CUUUCUCAGUCUCUGUUAUCUGCUGAUCCAACAACUUCUCCAAACCCUAAAUUGAAGAAGAAAUAUUGGGUUUACUUGGUUGAAAUGAUGGGGAGUAAAGAAGGGUCUGUGAUGGUGAAGAAUUCCAAUGUAUUUGCGGCGCUUGAUACUCUGAGGAAGAAGAAGAAAUCUGAUAAGGAGAAGAGUAAAGGGUCGUCGAAGAAGGAACAGGAGCCGGAAGUUUUGUGGGCUCCGGCGCCGUUGACGGUGAAAUCUUGGGCAGAUGUUGGUGAUGAAGAUGAUGACGAUUACUAUGCAACCACUGCUCCUCUUCAGUCUUUUGUGGGUUCCAAUGAAUCUGAAAAAAAACCUGAACCUGUUGAGGAAACCGAAAGCGAAGACGACCUUCUUGAUGAAGAUGAAGAUGUGGAGGACAAUGACCACGAAUCUGAGGUUCCAGAACAUGCUGAUCCAGUAGGCCAAAAGAUAGAAGCUUCACCAGCUCCUAAAGAAACUGAGAGACAGCUAUCAAAGAAAGAGAGAAGGAAGAAGGAGCUUGCUGAAUUGGACUCGCUUUUAGCUGAUUUUGGGGUUGAACAGAAGGAGAAAGGUCCAGACGACUUACCUGAUGUUGGCAAUGAGAAGAAAGAGGGUCAGCCAGCAGAAGAUGUGGAAAAGAAAAAUGGUGGGGCUAAAGAGCCUAAAAGUGCUAAGAAGAAGAAAAAGAAGGAUAAAGCAUCCAAGGAGGUGAAGGAAUCAGAGGAUCAGCCAAACAGCGUAGGUGCAACUGUUCUACCAGAGGAAACUGGAGGAGCUGAGCAAGUAGAAGAUGCAUCUACGGUGGAUAUGAAGGAGAGGCUGAAAAGGGUGGCAUCGGCAAAGAAAAAGAAAUCUGGCAAAGAGACAGAUGGUGCUGCAAGAGCUGCCGCAACAGAGGCUGCUGCAAGGAGUGCCAGGCUUGCUGCAGCAAAGAAGAAAGAGAAGAGCCAUUACAACCAGCAGCCAAUGCGGUAAAUUCUACCCAGCUUGGAAUGAUUAGCGUCAAUGGUCCGAGUUCCAAACAGUUUGGUACACCAAAUCGUUGUUUUGCUGAUGUAGAAAAACAUUUGGGCUCUAAGUUUUGGUCUUUAGGGCACAAAAAAACUAUGGACUAGUUCUUGGAGCUUAGAUUAAAAGGUAAAGAGAAAUGAGAAAAGUUUUACAAAAAAAAUAAUGUGUCUGGCUGGACAAUUUUGCUGAAUGUGAAUGGUAUUUGGAGAUCUAGAGAGUUAAGUUUAUGUGUAAAAGUAGCACAUUGAUGCUAGUGCCUAUUGAACUAAGGUUUGGUGAAUGAAAUACAAGUAGAAUUGUUUUUUUA